UGAGAAAAAAGAAAUUAAAAAAAUCAAUAAGGCGCUUAAAAUGGCGGCAAAGCAGUACAUUGGGCCGUCAGCACUGUCCCUAAAAAUUUGACACGAAAAACCCUGCCGUUCCACUCGUCUUUGAAGCCAAACACGCACCAUUUUCACUGUGAUCUCUCUACCAGCCUGUAUUCCACAUUUGCAGAAAGAAAAAAAAAAGAAGAAAAGAAACGGGGACGCACUUUUUGCUACACAUUUUCUUUAGUGUCCUCUCCAUGCUCACAUCGCGACGAACCCAAUUUUGGAAAUGGAAAAUGGCGAUCUGGGACACUUAAGUUUUUAGGGUUUUCUGCAGGGCUUUGGAGAAAAUGGUAGGCAUGUCUCGGUUUAACAUGGAUCUUAAAGAUGAUGUUUCUUCUUGCACAGUCUCAGAGCUGAUUUCUUCCUUAAAAUCAGCUUUUCAGAAUGCUUAUUUUUCACAAGUAGAAGCAGUUUUAAUCUCCAGAGAAGAGAAAUUGAAGCGUGAAAUUGAGUUGCUCAAGAAAGAGAACGAUUGGCUUGCACAGAAAAUGGAGACAGAAAGAUUAGAGAAAGAGAUGGCCAAGAAAGAGUGUUUGGAAUUACAUAAGGAAAUUUCUAGUCUACAAGAAGAGAAAGCUGGGUUUCAUGAGAAAUUAAAAAGUUUAGCAGAUGAUAAGAAAACUGUUAUUGAGCUUGAGGCAAAACUCUGUGAGUUAGAGUGUGCAAAAUUAAGAGCUGAGAAUGAGGCGAGGGCUUGUAAGAUAAAUUAUGAGGGUUUGGAGAUUAGGGUUUAUAAGUUAGAUCAGGAAAUGAAGGAGUUAAAGAGUUUCGAGACUGGUGGUGAAAAUGUUGCUGCUAACGUGAAAAUUGAAGGUGAUGAAACUACAGAUGUGAAAAUUGAAAAAGAUGCGACUCGUUGUGACGAGAGUGCCCAUUUGGAGUUAAGUCAAAGUCCUAGCUUUCACCAUACAGCAGACAUGAAUAAUAGAACAGGUGGUGGAAGACCUUUAUCAGAAGAUAUUGUUGAGAUUAUUGAUAGUGACGAUGACUCUUCUGCUCCAUCUAAAAUUUUGAGUGCAAAAGAGAUGGCUUCCUCAGGAGAGCAGAAAGGUUUACCUUCAGGGCAAAGAGCUUCGGAAUAUGUGAUUGGAGCACUCAAAAGAAAAUGGGUUUCAUCUGUUAAUAAAGGUGGGAUUGAUAAUGGGGAGAACGAUGUUGCCCAAGAUGUUGCUGAAUGUUGCUCAACUGGUAAAGAGAAGAUAUCAAAAGCUCAGAAGUUAUUCCCUGUGGCUAAUAGUUCUCCAAUUGAGCAUUCCAGUUCUAGUUCCAGUUCCUCUGAUUCAGAUGUUGAUGUCGAUCUUUCAAUUUAUUAACUGUGGGGGGGGGUUUGAAGCAGACGUGGUUACUGCAUUUAAGAUAGAUGAACAGCUCUGUAUGGCGACUGUUUGUGCUCUACAGACAACAAAAUCUGUACAAAAGUCAAUCUGUGCCUCCUCAACUUCUCAAAAUCAAGGUUUUGAAAAGCUAGAUGCAACCAGGAA